GUUCUUCUUCUUCCCGCUGCAUCCCGACAGCCCCCCCAAGCUUGCCGACCUGCAUGCUUGAAAAAUUGGUGAGAAAGCUUGGUUUUUAUCCUUCUUUUCUUGCUUAAAACCAGAUUUGAACCCAGAAAAUCUCCCCCCCUGCAGGAAGCUUCCGGAUCUGCCUUGCUCUGCUCCUCACCGCCGGCUGCUCCUGCUUUGUGGGGGCGAAUUUCUCUGAUUUUGGACCCGUGAGCUUCCCUGCACUUGCUGCCGACUUCUUCUCCCUGCAGCUCCGGUUCCUUGCUUGCAAAUUCUGGUUUCCGAUCGUUCUAUCAGUUAGCACUGAGAUUGAGUGCUCGGUUUUAUGCGAGUGAGGUAAGUAAAUUUAUGGUAAUGUCCGUACUGUUUUUAAAAGCAUGUUUGAUUUGUUUUUGAAGUGGUGACAGGACUAAACCCGUUUUACACAAGUAUGAUUGAUUUGAAGUGAAGUGUUUUAUGCUUUUCAUUAAAUUGAGCAUGCCUACUUGAAAUUUAAUUGAUUGUCCUGAUGAUUUGAAAGUAAUUGGUGAAUUAUGAUUUCUCUGUUAACUUCAGCCUGUUUUGUCUCUGAUGUGGUCAUGUUAUUAGUGACUCUACUAGUGGGGAUUAUACGCUAGCACAUGUCGGCAUGUUAGUGAUAGAGCCGGUUCGUACACAUGUCGACAUGUUAGUGAUAGAGCCUUGUGCAUAGAGAUUUGUUCCAAAAGAAUUAUCUUUUUUAUUUUAAAUUUAUCUCAAAUUAAUUGUUGCUUUUUUAUUUUUUAAAGUUCUGGAAGUUUUCCCUAAGAUGUUGAAAUAAAGAACGGAGUCAUUUAACUUCAUCAUAGCUAGUGCUUUUUCAGCAUGUGCACAGGUGCGUUAUUUUCAUUUAGGGUCACCAAUUCAUGGGCAGAGAAUGAUGAUCCAUAUUAUAGUCCAGAAAUCUCUUGUCACCAUGUAUGCCAAGUGUGGUUAUCUAGAGCAAAGUUAUGCUGUUUUCAGAAGAUGGAAAACAGAGAUUUAGUUCUUGGAAUGCAGUAAUAGCUGGGUAUGCUCAGACAGAAAUGGCUAUCUAUAGAAGGUAUUUUUACUAUUAAAUGCAAUGAUGAUGACCCUACAAAAGCUUGAUUCAUUGACUUACAUUGUCAUUCAUCUCCAAGCUAGGGCAUCCAGUGGGGCUCUCAAUCAGGGGAAGUGGCCUCAUAACUUUGUAAUUCAAAAUUUCCUCUACUCUUGCACCUUGUUACUUGGUAGACACAGCUCUAGUGGACUUGUAUUGUAAAUGUGGUAAUUUAGAUGCUGCCAGUAGGUGUUUUAAUGUGAUGUUGCAUGGCAAUCUGAUCUCUUGGACCACAAUCGUUGCUGGAUGUGGUAGUCAUGGGAAAAGGAGACAACUUUGAGCAUGUACCUGUAGUUGCUGCAAUUGGGGAUGUAAUCAAACAAGGUGAUCUUCCUUUCUUCUUCUUCCUUUUUUUUUUUUUCCCUGCAGCUUUGAUGGCCUUAUCAUUUGGCAGUGUUUCAAUGUGUAAGAUCAUAUUUUCCCUGUGUCUUUACAAUUAAUGAUCAAAUCUAUUUGGAAUGGACAAAGAUGUGACUGAGAGAAGGGAUAAAAGGACAUCAGUGUUUGCUGCGGCAUGUCUGCUUGCCUGCCAGCUGAAGUAGUCAAACAGUUAUCCAUGGGAGUUAAUGUGCCAAGUUUGGGUAGAAUAACCAUGCUAUGCAGCUAUUUAUUGCAGGACAGAUGUGCAUGCAAAGCAACCAAGUCAAGGAGAGGAACUCCUCACUCUUGUUUGGUUGGCAAUGAAUCAUCUGGGCCUCCGAACUCACUUUUCCAAAGAGGUUACAGGGAACCGCAAGACAUUCAGCAUUGAAGUUGUACGUUCACAAAAUGAAAAAUGAAAAUAAGGCAUUCGUGUUUGCUUUCUGUAUGUCUUUUUCUGUUGUCUUUCUUUAAGCGGUCAUCUUAUGUUCAUUUUGAAAAACUUAAUGCUUCCUUGGAUUAUGUUUAGUUGUAUUUGCAUUUGUCAGAUGUAGUUCUUCUCAACAGAACUUGAAUUGCUUCCUGUUUGUUUUUGGAUUCUUCAUAUAGAUAUUUUUUAUACUUCAUACUUGGCUCAAAAAUAUAAUCAAUUUCGAAGU